AUGGCGCUUGAUUUUGAAGUGUCCGCACCGGGAAAGGUGAUUCUACACGGUGAACAUUCCGUCAUUUACGGGUUUCCGGCCGUCGCUGGCCCGAUCGGGUUGCGCACCAACCUUCGCUGUUCGCCACAAUCCGAUCCGGUGGUGACCUUCGAGUUCCGUUCGAUUCCAUUCACCAGCAGCCUGACGUUGGGUGCCUUCAACGAGUUCCUCGCCGAGUUUGAUUGCUCCGAAACACUUCUACCGGAACAGUUUCUCCAACAGAUGCGUGCCCCCGAGGGCCCGUUUCCUUUUGCACGCUUCGUCCGCACGCAGCCUUCGUCUGCGGAGGGUGCGAAGGAACGAUUUUCGCUCGGUGUCGCACUUUACAUAGUGAAUCGUGUGCUGCGUGCGGAGGGCGUUCAAUCGAUCGACACUUCGGGAGGGUUUACGCUAUCGAUCGGUUCGGCAAUGAGUAUCGGGGCGGGUUUGGGAAGUUCCGCCAGCUUCGGGGUGUGCCUUGGCGCCGGUGCGUAUGCCCUGGCGCAAAUGCUCCAGCGUAAGCCGGUCAACUUCGACGACGCCGUACGUGAGAAAGUGUCCGGCUGGGCAUUCGAUUCCGAGGUGAUCAUGCACGGGAAACCGUCCGGCAUCGACAACACGAUCGCGACGUAUGGCAAGCUGAUCCGAUUCCGUCGAGGUGAUCCCGCACACCAAACCGUUGCCCUGCGCCACCCGGUGCACAUUCUCAUCGUCGACACGGGCGUUAGCCGCAGCACGGCCAAGUUGGUCGCCAUCAAUGCCGAACGACGCGCACUUUACCCCCGCACCGUUGGCCCCAUCCUGGAGGCUAUGGGAGGGCUGGUCGAGGAAGCGAUCGGUUGGUACGAAUCGGACCAAGAACCCGCUACCGUGUACGAGCGGCUUGGAACACUUGUGGCCAUCAACAACAAUCUGCUCCGCUCGCUUGGUGCCAGCCAUCCGGCGCUGGAGCAAAUCUUUGCCCUCGCCGAGCAACACGGAUACGCGAGCAAACUGACCGGAGCCGGCGGGGGUGGUUGCGCGUUCAUCCUGCUUCCCGCGAACUACCGGGAGCAAGAGUCGUUCCGGCUGCUGGACCAAGCGCUCCGGGAUGCCGGUUUCAACACGAUCGAAACCACGAUCGCCGAUGGGCAGGGCGUGUCUUUCCAGGCCAAAUAGUCUUUGAUGAGAAUCUUGCAGCAAACAAAUGACAGUGUUUCGGUGACGGGUAGCUUAAAGAUAAGGACGGAUUAGAGGAAUGUUCUCGAAACUCAAGUAAAACGCGCACAAUGACUAUUCCUUUUCUUGGUGAUAUGAAAAUGUGCAUUCUUUUUUUUUGCAUAAUUUUUAACGAACUCUGAUGAUUCGUUUUGGUUGGUUCAAAUAAAGUAUACGAACAUUUUCUUACUGAAACGA